AUGGUGCUUGAGCUCUUUCUGGACUUGUACUCACCCCCCUGCCGUGCCAUCUACAUUUUCACCAGGAAGAACAGCAUCCCCUUUGAGAUGCACCCUGUGGAGCUGGCACAGGGGGAGCACCUGAAACCUGAAUUCCUGAAGGUGAACCCCCUGGAGAAGGUGCCUGCCCUCAGGGAUGGGGACUUUCUGGUGGCCGAGAGCCCAGUCUCUCCUGCCCCACUUCUCCGGGCAGCCUGUGGAUGCUGUGCAGCUGCAGCAGCUGUUGGGGAAGCUGACGCGUGCUUUGCAGCACCCGGAUCAGGAGGUCCUGGCGGCCAGACCCUUCCUGGCCACUGAGCAGGUCUCCCUGACAGAUCUGAUGGCAUUCACAGAGCUGAUGCAGGUGAGGUUCUCCUGCCCACUUGUCCUCUGGGGCUGCUCUGGGCGCAGGCUGAGCCCAGGCCCCAGCUGCCCUGUCUCCCCAGCCCACUGCCGUCGGCUGCGACCUCUUCCAAGACUGGUCCUGGCUUGCUGUGUGGCGAGCCCGUGUGGAGGCCACCCUGGGCCUUGAGCUCGUCCAGGAGGC